UUAACAAGUGAACUUACAUCUCCCCGGCCCUGCACCUCCAUUACAUCAUCACAGCCACCUCAUCACCUCCUCCACCAUGGAUCUCUACCUGCCAAGCACAGAACCUGGCCUUACCCUGCAAGAGAUGAUAGACUGCGAUAUUAAGUGUGGUCUAGACUUUAGUGAAGGGCCAGAUUCUAUGAUUACUUCUUCAGAUCUCAAUUCCUUAGACCUAUCUGGAAUGUCAUCCCUAGAGGCUGAGUUAGACUUGAAGACAUUCGAGCCUUUGUUUGACCCCUUGGAAAAACUGGAAGAGAUGGAUGUCACAGAUGACCAUACACAAGAUGAACUCAAUGUUGUUAAUUCUUGGAUGAAUAUGUCAUCAAUGAGUAAUUAUAGUUUAGACAUAGAAAAUAGUAUUAUGGUCAACCCCUCAGCAGUUUUACCAACUACUCUUCCUUCACGGGUGGUCAAGUCAGAGCCAGUAACCACAACUACCACACCUGUCUCUAGCAGUACAUCUAACCCCACUCUCUUUAUCAAGACAGAACCUCAGGACAUUGCAACUACAACUACUCUACAGACUCCCCAAUCACAAUCUACAAAUGGAACGACCGUAACUACACAGGUCACUGUGAUGCGAACUCCGUCAUCAAUUGGUCAAAAUAUACGCCAACAAAGUCCAAUGGUUUCGACGCAGUCCACACCACAUACCCCGUCGCAACCCACUGUGAUGACUAGACCCACCGUAAAUGCAUCUCAGAUGGUAGUACAAACUACCCAACGAUCGGGAACACAACAGCUUAAUCAUCAUCCUUCAACCGCUGCUACCACCACACCAACCACAACGCCGAUCAUCACUGCCCGAACCACAACCACUCACACCAUUCUUAACAAUAGGUACAAAAACACAGGGAAGCCAAGGAAAGAUUUGCGACCAGAGGAGAGAGUGUUUCCCAAACCAGCGUAUUCUUAUUCGUGUCUCAUUGCUCUGGCCCUGAAAAACAGCACCACCGGCAGCUUACCAGUGUCCGAGAUCUACAGUUUUAUGUGUGAGCAUUUCCCCUACUUCCGGACUGCACCCAAUGGCUGGAAGAACUCAGUGCGUCAUAACCUUAGUCUCAACAAAUGUUUUGAGAAGAUCGAGAAACCAGUUGUGGCUGGAAGCAAUCAGCGCAAAGGUUGUUUGUGGGCUUUGAAUCCUGCCAAAGCUCACAAAAUGGAUGAGGAGGUACAGAAGUGGAGCAAGAAGGAUUUGCAAGGUAUCAAAGAUGCCAUGGCACACCCAGAGGUGUUGGAAGCAUUAGAAUGUGGCGAGAUGAAGUUCGAAUCCACUGGAAGCAUUUCUUCAUGUAGUGAAGAUGAGGAUGAGGAUGAAGAAGUUGAUCCCCUUACUGUUGAUACCCCCACCACCCCAACUGUUGGAACUGUCAAGAGAGGAGCUCAGACUAUGGUCAGUCAGUCACAGCAGCAACAUAUUCGCCAAACUGUGCAGAAUGGACGCACACCUUUGUCGACAAGUGUGGCUAACUCGGCCAUGAACCAUUCCCAGGCUCGCCCAGCUUUUACUGCACAAACCUUGAAGCGCAGUCCAGUCACUUCUACUGAGGAGCCAGAGUAUAUCCUACCUGACUCAACCAUGACAGAAAUUAGUCUACAGUCAAAUGGUGCUCUGGUUGAUGAUCUUGGAAAUGAAAUCAAGAUUGAGGGAGACUCGCCCAUCCACACCAGUGCUUCUCCACGUGGCUUGGUAGUCCGUAAGCUGCCAGGUAUCACACCUCUCAGGUCUGCAACAGUGCGAGCCAAUUAUAUGUACACACCUACGAUCUCAUCUCCUCACCAGCCUACCCUGAAUAGAUUGGUCUUAACCAAUGCCAAGUUGUCAUAGUUUAAGCUGUGGUGUUUUUCCCACAUUUAGGUGGCAUCUUAAUUUCCGUUUCAUUUUUUAUCAUGCUUAAGAAUUCCAUUGAAUGUUCAGAGACAUUGGACAUCAUUUUCUUAGUUUUCUCUCCUACUUAACAAUUACAUUAUUUCCUUUUCAACCCCCAUAAAUUUCUGUGACAUUACUCCCCGUGAGUGAAAAUAAAUUUUGUGAUGUACAUUAGGAUAAUAGUGUGUUGGACUAUCAGGACAGGGAGAGGAGAAGUGUAGAGGACGAGUCAGUGUGCAUCAAGUAUACAGGCAUAUUUAGUAUGUUUGUUUGAGUGUGCUUGAUAUCUCAAAGAUAUUGAUUAUUGAGAUUUCUUACCUGGUGAUUUUAAGGAAACUGCCCUGAUGCACAAAAAAAAAGCUAGAAAAAAAAAACAAAAAAAAACUUUCUCUUGUGUUUGUAUACUAUCCUGCCUUUAAGAACAUAAGGUUAUUUUUUUCUAUUUAAAUAAGUGUAUUUAGGCAGCAAUCUAUAACUUUCCUGUUUCAUAUUCAGAUGUUAUAAAAUUGUUGUGUCAUUUAGGGAUUUCCUUUCCUGGAUGGUGCUCUCCAUUAGUUCAGAAUUGAAUUUUUUAAGUUGAUAGAUUAAAAUAAUUAAAAUACUCUGCAUUCAUUAGUUAUUUCCUCAUAGUGCAAAUUGUGACCUAGUAUUCCAUAAUAUCUGUACCUUCAUCUGAAAUGACUGUAUAUAAAUUGUGAUAACCAAUAACCAUAGGUUGUAAGUUAGGAGGAGUCUUUGCGCCCUUCUGUGAGGCAUAAAAUGGUAUGAAGAAAAAUUAUGGCAAGCCUCAGCUGAUGAAUGCGAUGUUCUGGGGUUACUACAGUAAUUCCUUAACAAAAACAUUGUCUGAGUCCUGUGAUAAUCCACAACUGAGACCGGGCAAACUUAAGUACCUGAGAGAGUGUAAUAGUACGAUAGCAGGAGCACAGCUAUUCUGUGGCCAGUAGUCUACAUUGAUCAAUUAAUUUUUGUACUAUAACAAAAUUACAAGUUUAACUAUUAAGAUUUGGGGUUUAAAUGAGGUACAAUAUCUGAUGAGUCAUUGUGAAUAUUCAAAAUACCAGAAUGUUAUGGCAAUUAAUUUCCAUAACAUGGCUCCAAAUAGUAGAUCCUGCUUGAAUAUUUAACUACAUCAGCUAUGAGCUUUGUGUCCUUAACCAUUGGCCACAGAAACUUUGCUCCAUGUCUGCCAGUGAGAGUUCUCCCUUUAGGGAAAAAAAUAAGAGGGAGACUAGAUAGAUAGUUCACUUCCUUUACAACUGCUAUUCAGGGACAGCAGUGGUUGGUAUCAGCUCUCACUAUUUGCUAUAUUUUGCCAUGUUCUUCAUUCACCCUUAAAACACCUAUUUUGCAGUACUAUUGUGUCAUCAGUUACCUGAGACUAAAGCUGCUACAAGCUUUAGUACUGCAUCAUAGUAGGAGAAACCUGUGACUGAAAAACAUAGCCUUAGUGAAGCAUUCUUGGUAUUGAUCAUUGUCUUCAUUUCUUUACUUUCCUCUGUGGUGUCAUCGCUAAGUACAAACGAUGUGAAAAGUCUCUGAAAGGAGCACUUCAUUUCUGACCUUAAGUAUUACUUUCAGAGAGAACAGAGCUCGUAUUUUGUGGCAGCCACACUGCUAGGUUUCUUUGCUCAUUUAUUGCUGGUUUGUCAUCAAUUUUUUCCCAAUAAGAGCAUAAAAUUGAGAUUGUUUGAGACGAUCAUCACACUGGCUCUCACCACAGUGUACUCUUCAUAAACUACUAGUCGUUCAUUGUUUUCACUGUAAGUCUUGUAUGUGCAAGAUAUAAAUUAUAAGAAUUAGAUACAAUUGGAUCUCCAUUAGACCUUAAAUGUUUGAUAAAAAAGUGUAACCUGCGUAGAAGUAAUCAAUAGAGAUGCUAUUAACCUUCUUAAGUGUAAGCAAUGCAAAGUUAGCUUUUUUAUACUUUUGUAUGUUGAUCUUUUGUAUAUAGAAUUUCCAUUCUUUUUAUUUCUGCUACUAACAGUGCUCGUCUAUAUUGAGUACCCAGAGUUGAACCAGCAGAAACACUGGCCUGGAAUCAUCUUGGCUGUAAAUAUUGUAUUAUUCAUAGAUUUUUUUGUAUGAAAUGUAAUUAAAAUUUAAAAAGGAA